AGCUUUAGAGUUGAAACAUUAAAUUUAGGACGUUUUGGUCAUUCAACUGUCCUUGUUGAUAAUAAACUUUAUUUCUUUGGUGGAAGUCUUGGUCCUUGCACAAAUGAUGUUUUUUAUCUUGAUUUAUCUCAACAAUUUAAUGCAGAAAACCCGCCAUGGACCGACCUUACAUCAAAUUCAGGAAUAGGAUUCAAAAUAAUGCGAAAUCAAAAUAAUGAAGAUUCAUUUAUUUCUCUAGUAUAUGAAUUUAAUCUAAAAUCAGGACAGUGGAUCAUACCUGUAAUAAAAGGAAAUGUUCCAGCACGACGUAGAGAAUUUCAAGCUGUUGCUGACGAUUUAGGAAGUAUUUAUGUUUUUGGUGGAGGUGCCGAUAAAUCAAUAGGAUCAAAUAUUACUCAAAUAUUUAAUGAUAUGGCAAUAUUAAAUACUGUUAAUUUAACAUGGUCAUAUGGUCCUAUUGUCAAUGCUCCAACACCUCGUGUUGAUUAUACUGCAACAUUAUUAUCAGAUGGUGUUAUUGUAUAUAUUGGAGGUCGUGAGUAUAUCUAUGGUGUUUUUGCUGUUGUGGAUGCUAUGACAAUUGAUUUGGAACUGUUGUAA